AGUUUAUAAUUUUCUGUUGGAUAGCCGUUUUCCUUUGCCUUGCACAGAACAUCGCAAUUUCAAACUUUGUUUUUCUCUCCCCCCUGCAGCUCGAAUUCCUGGUGUGGAGCGCACUAUGCCAAUCCCCGCCGUUAAACGAGCCCCACCGCCGCCCCGGCGUGCCCCUCCCGCGGCCGCACUGGCAAACCUCACUCAUGACGGCAGUGAAGGUGCCUACGCCGCCACUACCGUGCAGCUGAAAAUCAGCGGCGUCGCCCUCACCUCGCAGCGGCUCAUCCAGACAAAGGACUCGGUCAACGACAUCAAGGUGGCGCUGGCCACUGCAGACGACACAAUUCAGCGCGUCGUCACCAGUCCCGCCCUCCUCGGCGGCGGUACUACUGACAGCGCCAAAGGCGGGGUGGACAUCCAAUCCCUCCAGUUUGCCGCCUCCACCCGUGCGAAGCUGGCCGAGCAGGAACAGAAGCAGGAUGCCCACUACGCCAACCUCUCCGAAUCCGCCGUGGUGGCACAGGAGGUGCGCAAGGCCGCGCAGGACCCGUCGCUGCGACGCUGCAGUGAGGCGAUGGAGUGCCAAAUGGCCGCGUCCACCUUCCCCGGCGCGCGCUUUCCACGCGGGCAGGGCGCCUCUCACCCGAUCCCGCCGGAGGAGGCGCAGGCGCUAUUGAAUCCUUUUUCCACGGCGCGACGGCAGUCGAGGAGUGGCGCGCUCACCGCGAUGCUGCCCAUGCCGGCUAUCAGCAGCACGAACAACGGUAGCUCGAUGGGGGGCGCGAGUACGUCUGCGCCGCCAGUCGCGAUGGCAAAUGAGCCUUACCGAGUUGUAUCUGGAAUGCACGACGGCGGGGCCUACCCGCCGACAGUUACACGUGCGAACAUUGGAGGAGGCCGUCUGAUAUCUGGUAAUGCGGUCUACUAUGCCGAAAACCCCUAUCCCCCUCGUGGCCAGCCGCAGCCUGUUUAUGGACAGUACGGCCAGCGACAGCCUGUGGGGAAUCAACAGAAUAAUGGGCGGCCCGCUUAUAUGGCUCUGUAG